CCAACCGUGGGCGGGGGGCGCUGACGCGGGGGUCUCUGUGGGCUGUUGCUUCCGGAAGUAGCCGUUUGCGCGUCCCGGGAGCCGGAGCCACACCCCCGGCUCUGCUGGACCCGUGGCCCCUCCCGGGGGCUCCGGCCGCUGCGCGUGGGUGCGUGGGUGGGCGCCAGCGGGUGCGGUGGGAGUCGCGCCCGGCUUUUUGGCUUCGCCUGCCGGGUCACGGCGGGCGGCCGGCCCCGUCCCGGACCCCUGGCCUUAGGUUCAUUUAGAUUCCAGGUUGGCUCUCCACAGCAUCAGCCUCGCUGUCAUCCUCAUGCUUCAGUGGGAGAGAGAGGAUUGGCAUCACUGUCGGUGCCAUGACUGCACAAGGUCCCGGCUCUACCUGGGGAGUCUGUCAGGGGUUAAGGAUCCUGAAGGAGUAGCCUAAGUGAGGGCAGGUAGGACGCGGGCCUGUUUUCAGUACCCAGUUCUGUGUUCUUAGGAGCCAUGAAGCCUACAGAUUGCUUCUGGAGGCCUAGAGCCAGCCGUGGUCUUCCACAUUGCCCCCCUGGGUUUCCAUUUCUUCAGUUAUAAACGGGAGCUGAGGUAAGUCCCCUCCAGUCCUGACAUUCUAGAGCACUUCUGGCACCAGGACAGUGUCUCACGUUUCAUUGGCACCUUUAUCCAGCCCCUACACGGCACCACUUCCUGUGGGCUUCAGACAUUUAACUUAGUGGUAGCUGCCUGAGGUCUCGAGGGACGGGCUCGAGGUGACUGCCUCUCAUUCCUUCUGAGGCUCUUCCGGCUGGAAGGGGUGUCUCAGCAUCACGGGGCCCACACUCCUCUGUGGGCAGAGGCCCCUUCAGUUGCUGUUUUUAUUUCCAUGUGUUUCUCUUCUGACUUCUUCAUGUCUCUUUUCUUUUGAGAGCCCUGAAUUUGACCUAAUCUCCAGGAAGAUGAAGCAGGGGAAAGGAGUUAAGGAUUAUGCCUAGGUCUGGGGUCUGAGCCUCUGGGUGAACAGACGUCCUGUUUACCAAGACUGAGUUGACUGUAGGAAGAGCAGCCUGGGCCCAUCUUCUCAUUUCUCCAAGUUCCUAAGCAUGUUGGAAGUAGAAAAAGUCAAAAAGCCCCCCAAGAGACAUACACCCUCAGGAUCAGUGGGGCAGGAGCCCCCUGUGUGUGCUGACACCACCAUGACCAGACUCAAGAGCCCCGCUGCCACCCUGGCUUCUCCCAGCCCUGAGUUCAACACCAGGGCUACCAACACCUUUCAUGGACUUGGCUGGGGUGCCAGGGGGGGCCUGCCAGAGACUGAGGUCAAACUUGAGUUUGUAGAUGUAGACGAGAAGGCCGGCAGUGGCCACAGGAAGAUCAGACCCUCCGGCUCCCAAAAGGGGAGUGAGAGGGAUCUGUUCCUGCAAAGGAAGAAGCCCUCCCUCCUCCCCAAUAGCUUGUUGGUCCCUUCACCUGUCCAAGUUUUCCUGGAAGAGCAGGAAGAAGGUGCCCUGGGCCUAUGUGUCUGUAGUGAGAAGAGAAGAGUGUGUUCCCUGGGGAGGCUUGGUCUUCACCCAGCUGCCUCCAGUGCAAAGUGCCAGCCCAGCCCUGGGCAGAAUAAGCCAAAGGGAGACUCUAGACUCUGUGGCCUUAAGUCUGUGCUUCAGCAGAAACCCGUUGUGCAGCCUGAGAAGAAGGUGUCCAAGCAGAAGGCACGUGGACGGAGAGAGGAGCAGGAGCCCGCAGGAAAGAAGUGGAGGGAUCCAGUGCUCAGCUCUGGCCAGGCCCCUGCUGCCCCAGCACUGGCCCAGGCGACCAGGCUGGACAGGGCAGAGGUGGGCCAGCCUAGUGUGAAUGAGGAGGCAAGGCGAGCUGACAUCCUCAUAGCCUGUCUGGCCAGAGAAGUGCGGCGCCUCAAGAAGUGGAAGAAGAGACAUUUGCUUCCUGGUGUGGGGGAGAAGUCACCCUUGCUGAGCCUCCAGAAGCCGCCCUGCUUGAAGAAGCUGGUCAGAACUAUCAAAGCAGAGACCAAGGGCUGGGCUUCUCCCAGGUGUUCCCCGGGCCCUCUGGACACCACAGGUCAGAAGCCCACGUUGGAUGUCAGACGGUUCUUUACCGUCGACUGCAAGAACAUCUGCCACGUCACCUGCACUCUGUGUCACGCCAGCAUCAGACAGGGCAGAAUUAAGGGGCAGUCCCAAACCUCAGGCCUGGUCUGUCACCUGGUGAGUAAGCAUGGGCUAGAGAGGGAGAGAAGGCCGGCUGCAGCCAGCCCAGGGGAGAAGCAGGCAGGAGUAGGGGAGAAGCAGAAGGGCCUGCCCGCAGGUGCCACCAGCCUGGCCUGUGAGGGAGUCCCAUCCCCAAGAUGCUGUCCAGAUGCCUCACCUUUGGAAGACAGUGACAGUGAUGGGCAGCCGACCCCCGGCAGGCCUGAGCAGCUGUUACUGGAUCCACCACUCUUGCCUGCUCCCACCAAAGAUGAACCUGCUGCUCCUCCCAUGGCAGUUGGGGAGGACAGGGGUGGCAUAUAUGCCCCCAACCAGCCCCGAGCACAGGCCUGGAACCACAGCAUCGCCGAGUUGCUCUGCAGCCUGGCACUGCCACUUUCCUUUGUUUCGUCCCCACCCUUCAGAAAGUUUAUGGCGCAGGUGGACCCUUGCUACCAUCUGCCAUCUCCAGCCUUUUUCUCUGAUAAAGCCUUGCCUCUGCUCCACAAGGCGAUGGGCGAGCAGGUGUGUCAGGAGAUGCAGUGGGCUGAGGGCAGCCGCCUCCACCUCACUGUGUCCAGGGCAGCCCAUGUCUCAGUUGUGGACUAUGUAGCCAUCACUGCCCACUGGGGGGUGAUACAGCCGGGGAGCCGGCAGGUGGUGGUGGGGAAUCUGAGGAAGCGAGCCGUGCUCUGGGUCCGAGGCCUGCCCCUGGAGAGCACUCUGGAGGACCGGCAGCGGGAGCUGCGGGAGCAGGUCAGCCUGUGGCUUGGCCGUGGCUCCCUGCAGCCAGGCUUCCUGGUCUCGAGCGGCUGCCCCAGCCUGGAGCAGACAGUCAGGAUGGAGGGCUACACCCAGGUCCCUUGCUUUGCCCACUGCCUCGACUCCCUGGUGAAAAACUUUCUGUGUCACCAUCAUAGCGUCCAGAUCAUCCUGGGCACAGCCAGGGCCAUCUGCAGCCAUUUCCAAGGCUCUGCAGAGGCCCGGCGGCUCCUCACCCAGCUGCAGCGGCAGUGUGGCCUCCCGGCCCACCAGCCCUUUUGGGAGCUCUCUGACCACUGGGUCUCCACCUACCGCUUGAUGGAGUGGCUAGUGGAGCAGCAGCAGCCACUGCAAGAGUAUGAGGAGAAACACCAGCUGGGGAAGGCCGAGACGGCCCUGUCGGCCAUGUUUUGGAGCCUGACGGACAGUCUGGUUAAGCUCUUGCAGCCUUUCCAGGUGGUGUUCCGGGAGGCAGGCGCGGCGCAGACGUCUUUAAGCCAGGUGCUGCCCCAGCUGCGCUACCUGAAUAUUUUCCUGGAGCAGGUGCAUGGGCACUUCAAGGAGCAGAGCGGCGGGGAGAUGGGUGCAGCCGUCCGGCUGGCCGAGGGCUUGGCCCUGCAGCUCUCCACAGACUGCCAGCUCAAUGAGCUCUUCCAUCGUGAGGAGUUUGUGUUGGCGACCCUCCUGGACCCCCGCUUCAAGGGGAAGAUCGAGGCCAUCCUGCCUGUGGGGGCCGACAUUGACCACUGGAAGCAAGUUCUUGUGUACAAGGUGAAGGAGAUUAUGGUGUCUGAAUACUCCUUGCCUCCCUCCCCCUCUCUGCAGAGCCCCAGGGCUGUGCCUGUGGACGCUACCCUGAAUGGCGGAGUAGCUCAGAGCCCUGGGGCCGAGGGGAAGGGCCUGAAGGAGCCUGUGCAGAGAGGCAGCAGCUCUGGGUCUCUGCUCCUGGGCCAGAGGGAGAAGAGCUUGCUGGAGCAGCUGGAAAGCGUAGGGCUGCUGGCGUCCAAGAGGAGCGGAGCCUCGCUCGUCACUGAGAACCACCUGGCCAGCGUCAUCGUCAAGAAGUACCUGCGUGAGAACGAGACAGUUGGCACCCAGGAGGACCCACUGGCUUACUGGGAGAAGAAGCGGGAGGUCUGGCCAGCCCUGGCAAGACUGGCCACUGUCUAUCUGUCCUGCCCUGCCACGGGCGCCUUCUCUGGAAGUGUCUUUGCCUCCCUGGACAGCCCUGCCAUCGUGGAGCACAGCUCUCCUCUCUCGGUGGAGCCGGUUGAGCAUCUCCUCUUCUUGAAGAGCAACCUGGAGAAUUUCCCCAACUACACCCCCCCACCCCUUAUCUUCCCUGGUGGAGACCUGGCUGAGGGGGAGCAGGCCAGUGAGUCUGACCUCAUGGUCUGAUGCCCUCAAAAUCUGCCUGUAGGAACUCUGUAGUAGAUAAAAGGAGAGAGCACAGUGUUGCGUCCUAGGCCAUUAGACAGGGACAGCCAGAAUCUUAAACCUAUUUGGAAAGAAUGGGGAUGGUUUCUCAGUUCUUGUCAGAUUGCCAUUUGUUUUUCAGAGAGAUGUCAUUUUCCAUCCCCCCAUUGCUUAAUUUAUCUCUAGCGGUGUGUGCAUAGAAAAAGUUUCCUCGGUUCCUAAGUGACUGUGAGUUGUACUUUGUAGUUUUAUAAAUGGUAAUGCUCUUUUGAAAUAUUGGUGGGUAUUAAGGGCCCUACGUGCAGCUUGUUCAUGUGGGUCAAGGGGUCCUUGCCUGGAGAAGUCUGCUUCUCAAAAAGUGGCCGGGGGGCCGCCCCGGUGGCGCAAGCAGUUAAGUGCGCGCUCUCCGCUGCGGCGGCCCCGGGGUUCGCCGGUUCGGAUCCCGGGCGCGCACCAACGCACCGCUUGUCAAGCCAUGCUGUGGCGGUGUCCCAUAUAAAGUAGAGGAAGAUGGGCACGGAUGUUAGCCCAGGGCCAGUCUUCCUCAGCAAAAAAGAGGAGGAUUGGCAUUGGAUGUUAGCUCAGGGCUGGUCCUCCUCACAAAAAAAAAAAAAAAAGUGGCCGGGACAAGGGGAGGCGUGGGUGCUGGCAGGUGGGCUAUGUACUCAGCCUCCUAUAGCGUGGGUGAGCCAUGGAAGCUCUUUCAGGAAUUGCUGUCACUGUAGAAAGGAAGAAAUCCUAAGGGAGAGCAGCCAUGGUGAGAGGGAAGUGUGUGUGUGUGUGUGUGUGUGUGUGUGUGCGUGUGCACAGACCCCAGUCUUCUUGGGGUCUGGACUUUCCCAUAGAUCCCAGAGUGGCCGGAGAACCUGACUGAUGGGACUGCCCAGCCGACGAGGGUGAGUGGGCUGAGGCGAGCUGGGACAUGCAGUCCCUAGAUGUUGUUCUCACCUGUAGUUGUUUCCAGACUGCUGGAAACCUUGGAGUUUCUUCCUUUCUAUGGUGAAAGCUUAUGGUCAGAGCUUCUAUGGCUUCCCCAGGCUCUAGGGGGCCGAGUAUUUAUCCCACCUACAGUGCCCUCCUUGUCCCUGGCCACUUUUAAAGGGCAAGUCCGCUACCUGGAAGUGACAGAGGAUGUGUGUCAGACCCACCAGUAACCCAGAGUUCCUCCAGGGCAGAGUGCAGGACCGGACCCGAGGGCGUGGGAUCAGGGACUGGUGGGUCAGGUGGGAGAAGGAGCGGGAGAGGAGCAGUGUUUGGGGCAGGCCCGUCACACCCCACAGACGUGAGUCUAGCUCUCCCGAGGUGCGGGGUCACCAGGAGAGGUGGCUCUGAGGCGGCAGGUUGGUAGAGGCAGGGCAAGGCAGGCCCCAGGCCUAACUUGUACUUGGGCCCUGGCCAGGGGGUGAGCCUAGAGGCCUGUCCCCCUGCCCCCCCAGAGGGGUCGUCUGUCCUGUGUCACUAUGACCAGUUCACUACAGGACAUUUGAAAGUUACUGAGAAUGUAAGGAAGCAGGAAAAAUUAGCCAUAAUCCUUCCACUCAGCCUCUGUUAAUGCUUUGACAUAUUUUCUUUUCUUUUUCUUGAGUUGACACUCUCUGUACUAUUUAGUGUGCUGUAUUUUCAUUUUAACAGUGUAGUAAUAACUGUGUGUUCUUAAAUAAAGCUUUGUAGAGAUCUG